AUGGGGCCCCCAGGCAAUAGGGGAUCAUGGGGCCCCUGUGUCCUUGCCCAAACUCAAAAAAACCUAUGAAAAAGGUACCAGGGGCAUCUCAUGGGGCCCCCUACUGACCCCGGGCCCUCGAGCAGAGCCCGAGUUUCGAAAUGGUCAGUCCGCCCCUGGAGGGUAAGGUUCCAUAAGAAAAAACAGGCAGGGUGGACUGACAACUCAUGGGGCCCCCGAGCAAUAGGGAUCAUGGGGCCCCUGUGUCCUUGCCCAAACUCAAAAAAGCCUGUGAAAAAGGUUCAGGGGCAUCUCAUGGGGCCCCCUACUGACCCUGGGCCCUCGGGCAGUGCCCGAGUUUCCAAAUGGUCAGUCCGCCCCUGC